CUGUCGCUCGCGCCUCAAACAAGAGGUUUUACUUGUGCUUUGUCUGUUCUUUUGACGAUAAACACGCCACAAGGCUUUCCUUUAUUCUGUCUUGAAUGAAUAAUCCGUCGCUGAUACAUGCUGAUUGGAUUUUGAGCUACAAAGGCGCUCAGCGCUUUAUUUCCUUUCGGGCCGCCAAACCUCAAAUACGGACGCGAAACACGACGUCUUUCCUCCCUCUUUAUCCUACUCUCUACACCCAUCUACGACGUUAUCCGACUCCGUACACACCAUGAUGAAAAGAGGCAGAGGUUCUCGCGGCCGCUCAAGUACUAGUGACCGAGGAGGAAUCCGCAAGCGGGGUGCUACAACGAAGAUUGAUCGAGAUGGCGAUUUGGCGAUGGGUGCGGGCACAGGCGCUAUCCGUGGGCAGAAAGCCCCCCGGGGGCCUGGUCGAUCCGGGUCCCGAACAAAUGCGAUCGACAGGAGCAUCACUCAGAUUCAAAAGGCUCUAAAUGGCUCUAACGCCCAAGCGAACGUCCGACAAGGCGGUCGCGGGGCCCUCGAGCAGGUCGCCAUUCGUGGAUGGAAACAAAGCAAGGCUGCAUCCAACCGCGAUGGCGGCGUCGAAAGCUUGGUCACCUUCCUCGAGAAGAAACUCACCCCACCCGACUCGAAAGCUGGCUCGCGCGCAAGAAUCAACAAGUCGCGGGUUGAAGGCGACGCUUUGAUAGCGUCCAUCCGACCGGAUUUACUAGAAAGGAUGCUUCAACUCAAUACCUUUAGCUUUGCAGGAGCUCCUCUUACGAUCGAGAAAUACGACCAAUCAACGGCUGCCUUGUUGGACAACUCGAUGUCGACACAGAACGGUACAACCCCGUCGACCGCAGACACGAAGUCGAAGAUGACAGCUAUAUUGGGGAGGCGGUACUAUCAACAGUCCAAAUUACUCGACCUCUCCAAGCUAGCGACCGACCCGGAUCUAGUAGCUAUGGGAAUUUUUGGCACAACUUCAACCGAAUCCAAGUUCUUCCCCGCACUGAUGAAAGUGUGGGAUCUCAACUUUGACAAUCCUACUGCCCGCCGCGAGGCUGUCGAAAGUGUUAGUCUCGCAGAUAAUCAACUCGCCAGUAUUUCCGUUGUAACAACGCUUUCCCAAACAUUUCCGGACUUGAAAAACCUCGAUCUAUCAAAUAACAAUUUUGCCGAUGCCCAGGCGCUUAUUGGAUGGCGUUGGAAAUUUCGCAAGCUACAGUUCCUCGACCUUACCGGCAAUCCCUUUAGUGCCGACCCAAUAUUCAAAGAUACUAUGCUCAAGUGGUACCCGGAGCUCAGAACAUUAAAUAAUACCCAAGUCCGCACCGAGGAAGAAGUUGCUGCGCAAAAGAAAACUCCAAUUCCUGUUCGAGCCCCUCACUUCCACGAUGAAUCUCAGAUUGCAGAGAACUUUAUUCGAACAUUCUUUACCGGUUAUGAUAGCAAUAGGAGCGAAAUUCUCAACGGCUUCUACGAUAAUAACUCGACUUUUUCGCUCAAUGUGAACACAUCCGCUCCGCGAGCACUCCAGACGGAGCCAGCUCCUUGGGAUCCGUAUCUGAAGAAGAGCCGAAAUCUCCUCAAAAUUAGCCAUCUACCGGCGAGAAUGUCCCGUACAUAUACGGGCGCCGAGAAGAUCCGCGAACUAUGGACAACACUUCCACAGACUAGGCAUCCGGACAUCGCGACAAGUCCUGAAGAUUGGCUUAUUGAAUGCUUUCCAAUCCCUGGACUUCCUGAUAUUUCGGGGCAGAGCACAACCGGCGUGGGUGGAUUCCUUAUUAUGGUUCACGGAAAGUUCGAAGAAAGUAAUGCGGGGAAGGUUGAAACUAGAAGUUUUGAUCGCACUUUUGUUCUCGGACCCGGUGCAGGCAUCGGAGGUAUUAGGGUCAUCAACGAUGUCCUCUGCCUGCGAGCAUUCGGCGGCAAUGAAGCAUGGCAACUGGAGCCCCAGCCUGCUGCAGCUCAGCCCGUACCCCCUCCCGUUGCAGCUCCAGAGGCGAACCCAGCUGCACCUCCUGGGUACGGUCUUCCGGCACCUGGUAAAGCUGACGUUCAGGUGCAACAAGAGCAAUUAGUGAUGCAACUGAGCGCCAAAACUAUGAUGACAUUGCAGUAUUCCGAACUGGCGCUUUCAGGGAAUGGGUGGAAUCUCGAUGCUGCCUUGAAAAACUUCGAGGAAUUAAAGACCCAGGGCCAGCUACCCCCCGACGCUUUUCUUCCAGGAGCUUCUGUAUAGCUCCGAAUUCACACCAAUACCACACGACCGUCGCAAGUUACUUAAGUUAUGCGAGUAUGACAAUUUAGAUGCUUUAUUUUUCUUGUUGAAUUUGAUAGUGGAUGCAUGGCUUAGGCGAAAUGGCUUUUACAGGUUACCUCAUAUUGUUCAAAUAUCCCAGUUCAUUGUACUAUAAAGACCACGAAGACAUGUCAAUAGAGACGAGCAAGAAUUUAAACCGAGCUUUCUUGCUUCAUUAACCGUGGAUU